GAAGUGUAGUCUUUUACAAAGGUGAACAGUUUGUCGCUGCAGUGCUUUGCGAACAUCGACCACCGUCCGCGUGUCACGCGGGGUCUGGACUUCUUCUUCGCUGUGGAAGGGGAUGCAGAUAGCAGGCAGACUGAUGAAGGUUUUUCUAACAAGGCGCAUCCCGCAGGAGGGAAUGAAGAUCCUGUCUGCGACUGGAGUGUGUGAGGUGUCUCAAUGGGACUCGGACGAACCAGCGCCCAGGGCAGAGCUGCUGAAAGGUGUCCAGGGAGCUCAUGGCCUCCUGUGUAUGCUUUCCGAUAAGAUCGAUGCUGAGGUCCUGGAUGCUGCAGGUCCAAAUUUGAAAGUGAUCAGCACCUUCUCUGUGGGAUAUGACCACCUGGCCAUGGAUGAGAUCAAAAAACGCGGCAUUCGUGUUGGCUACACUCCAGACGUCCUGACUGACGCCACGGCUGAACUGGCCGUGGCUCUGCUGCUGUCCACCGCUCGCCGACUGCCAGAAGGAGUGGAGGAAGUCAAAAACGGUGGUUGGAGCUCGUGGAAGCCUCUGUGGCUGUGUGGUCAUGGUCUGUCCGACAGCACCGUGGGAAUCAUUGGCUUGGGACGAAUAGGUAUGGCCAUCGCUCAGAGACUCAAGCCGUUUGGAGUGAAGCGAGUGCUGUACUCAGGGAGGACAGCCAAACCCUACGCUGCUGAGGUGAAUGGGGAGUUUGUUCCUCUGGACACGCUUCUGUCUGACAGUGACUUUAUCGUGGUGUCCUGCUCCCUGACACCUCAAACCCAGGGCCUGUGUGACAAAGCUUUCUUCAGCAAGAUGAAAAAGAGUGCAAUCUUUGUCAACAUAAGCAGGGGAGCCGUGGUGAACCAGGAGGAUCUGUAUGAGGCUUUGAAAAACGGACAGAUCGCUGCCGCUGGAUUAGAUGUCACGACACCUGAGCCGCUUCCAACAAACCACCCACUUCUGACUCUAAAAAACUGCGUGGUGAUACCGCACCUUGGCAGUGCCACCUACUCCACAAGAGGAGUCAUGUCAGCUCUGGCCGCCCAGAACCUAGUGAAUGGAUUACAGGGUGCAGACAUGCCCAGUGAACUCACAGUCUAGAGCCUUAAUCUGAACCACUCCUGUCUCAUCUGAUCCUACACUGAAAAGGAGCGUAAUGUAGUCUGAAUGAAGAAUAAAAUAGUAUUAAUUUAACCAAGUGGUGUGUUGUUAGAUAUUGCAGUCUGUCAGUGGAUAGAUGGUUUCAUACAAUAUUAUACUUAAUACUUCAAAAUACUUUCAUUUUAGAAUGUGAAACUUUGAGGGGAUUAGCAGUGGUGCGGACAUUUCAUGGAUUCAACCUUUUCAGAAAGGGGGCUGAAGCUUUUUCUAGCCAACACAGGGUGGAAGGCAGGGCACAGGCUGGACGCAACGGUCCAUCACGGCUAACACACAGACUGGCCUUUCAGAUAAACAUGCUUAAACUUUGGAUUCUUUUUAUUCUCAGAGAUUUUUUAAUACAUAAGCAGUGGUUGCUCAUCUCUCGUAUUCUAAAUGUGCCCCGCAGAUUAGAGUUAAACCUCCGAGUGCACUUUAUCUGGAUAACGCACCAUCUCUCUGCU